AUGUUACUCAACAAAACCAGACUUGGGUAUACAAAUCGUUCGCAAAAGUGUAAUAUGGAGACUAAUUCUACAUCGGAUAUUGUAAUUCUAAGUGGAAACUCGCACCCGGAGCUCGCUGAACAAAUUGCUAAUCGCCUUGGCGUACGCAAAGGAGGAUGCUCUGUUUACCACAAAACCAACAGAGAAACAAUUGUAGAAAUAGCAGACUCUAUUCGAGGAAAGAACAUUUAUAUUGUACAGACUGGGACUAAAGAUGUCAAUAACAACAUAAUGGAACUAUUGAUAAUGGCUUAUGCAUGUAAGACUUCAUCCGCUCGCUCCAUUGUGGGGGUCAUUCCAUACCUGCCAUACAGCAAACAAUGUAAAAUGAGGAAACGCGGCUGCAUUGUCACGAAACUCCUCGCCAAAAUGAUGUGCAAAUCUGGUCUCACACACAUUAUAACCAUGGACCUGCAUCAGAAGGAAAUUCAGGGUUUCUUUGAUUGCCCAGUUGAUAAUUUACGUGCAUCUCCAUUCUUGCUGCAAUAUAUCCAAGAAAGUAUUCCAGAUUACCGUAAUUCAGUGAUAGUGGCGCGAAACCCAGGAUCCGCAAAGAAAGCAACUUCAUAUUCUGAAAGGUUGAGGCUAGCAAUUGCUGUGAUACAUGGCGAGCAAAAGGAGGCGGAGAGUGAUGAAGUCGAUGGAAGAUAUUCACCGCCUUGUUUGCCAAGGUCGCGUACAAUGGAUGUGCCAGUAGGAGUACCAGUUCACCCAGCUAAAGAAAAGCCACCAAUCAAUGUUGUUGGUGACGUUGGUGGAAGAAUCGCGAUUAUGGUGGAUGACAUGAUAGAUGAUGUACAAUCUUUUGUCGCGGCAGCUGAAGUGUUGAAAGAAUGCGGAGCUUACAAAAUAUAUGUGUUGGCGACACAUGGUUUGCUCUCGUCUGAUGCGCCGCGUCUGAUAGAAGAUUCACCCAUAGAUGAAGUAGUUGUCACCAACACAGUUCCGCACGAACUACAGAAGAUGCAAUGCAAGAAGAUUAAAACUAUCGACAUAUCUGUACUCCUCAGUGAGGCAAUACGGCGCAUUCAUAAUAAGGAAUCUAUGUCAUAUCUGUUUAAAAAUGUUACCCUUGAAGAUUAG